ACCCCCGCCUCGUGCGUCGAGCGUUGCGACGCCCAAAACUUCAUCUACGCCGGCGUCGAGUUCAGCAACGAGUGCCACUGCGGGACUGGCCUGAAGAGCACCCCGGAGGCACGGCCCACCUCAGAGUGCAACAUGGCCUGCACCGGUGACGCCAGCCUCUCCUGCGGAGGCUCCGACCGCAUCCAGAUCUACAAAUCGCCCGCGCUCCCCGGCGGCGGCUGGGGCCUGCAAGGCUGCUUCGUUGACACCCCGACGUCACCGGCCUUUGGCGACCCGGUCGUCCACCACUCUUUCGCGACGAACCUCGAAUUCAUCGACCAAUGCAUCCUCUUGUGCCAGCACAUCGGGUACCCGUUCGCGGGCGUCGAGAACGGGGAGGACUGCCAGUGCAGCUUCGGGUUUGCGCCGGGCGUGCAGGACGCGGACGAGUCCGAGUGCAGCACGCUAUGCCCGCUCCCUCCGGGCGACGGUCAGGAGUUCUGCGGGGGCGUGCAGAGGCUUAUGGUGUAU